CACCUCAACCGAUAUGGAUGGAGAACGAUGAGCUGCUGCAUAAAAUUUUCACAAAGAAGCAGCAACACGAAUACGCGCAUCGCCAGCAGCUGCAGAGAUCUGCCAAAAAGCUAAACAAGAAAGCUGUUUCGCCACCGACGCCGGCACCCUACUUUGAGAACUCCACGCAGAGAAGUGUUGUCGUUGCUGUCGGACGCACUGCAAAAUUACAUUGUCGUGUACGAAAUUUGGGGGAUCGCGCAGUCACUUGGAUACGUCAACGCGACUUACACAUCCUGACCAUCGGCGUGAUGACCUACACAAAUGACCAGCGCUUUGAGGCUUUGCAUUGUGAGGACUCCGUUGAGUGGUCGUUGAAAAUUGCAUCUGUGCAGCUGCGAGACUCUGAUGUGUAUGAAUGCCAAGUUUCGUCGGAGCCGAAAAUUAGUCAGGCCUUCGAGCUGAACGCUUUGGGUGAGUAG